UUUAUAUGUAGGAAAUACAGCAGGCUGCUACGGCAAAUAUAGUAAAAAUUCGAAACGAGAAUCUAGCAGUUUAUAUAUAGCAUUCACAUUUACUUUGUUUAGUUAUGGAAAAGUUAAGCAAAAAUAAGCGUGUGGCACGUGAGGAGAAGCAGCGAGACCAGAAAAUGGAAGAGCAGGUGCUCAAAUCGCUGGAUGACUGUCCCAAUGAUGAGGAGAAAGUCAAACAGUUGCUGCAACGCUCGGUGGAGAGUGAGAAAACGGUGAACCGACUUACCACCGAGAUCCGUGCCAUGCAGCGGCAAAUGGAGAACCAGCAGAGGGAACUCAAUAAGAGUGUCCUGAUGCGUGACAAACUGCAAGAGGUGUGCCGGGAGCAGCAGCGUAUCAUCAAAUCGGUGAAGAAUGAGGGCAUGCUACAAAUCAAGGUGGAGGAAGAGCGUCGCAAGGAGAGCCAAUUGAAAUUUCAGAGUUCCCUCAACGAAGUGCAAAAAUCUCUGGCCAAAAACAACGAUGAGAACAUCAAAUUGCGCGAUUACAACAUCGAAAUGACCAAAAAGUUAAAACUAUUGGCCGAACAAUAUCAGACGCGCGAACAGCACCUGGAAAAGCUAAAUGAGCAAGUGCAUCUGGAAUCUCAGCUGCAUCAGGCCAAACUUAGUAAGGCCCAAGUGGAGGCAGCCAUGGAAAAGGAAAUUCUCACCAAAGAAAAUCAAAUUGGUCUGGAGAAGCUAUUGCAAGCCCAACGUGCCAUCAAGGCUCUAACGGAACGAGAGCAACAGCUGAAGGAACAACUGAAUAUCUAUACGGCCAAAUAUGAUGACUUCCAGCAAUCGUUGCAGAAAUCAAAUGAAGUCUUUGGCAGCUACAAAGUCGAGCUGGAAAAGAUGUCAAAGAAUUCGAAGAAAAUCGAAAAAGAGGCCCUGGGUUGGCGUCAAAAGUAUGAGAAGUCCAAUGCCAUGGUGAUUGAAUUGGUCACCGAGAAGCAAUUGCGGGAUCAACAGUCGGAUCGCCUCCAUAAGCAAGUUGUGCAAUUACAGAAGCUAUUGCGAGCCCUUCAGCUGGAAAGAACGUCGCUACACACUUGCCUAAGAGACAAUAAUAUUGAGAUUCCGGCAAUGCCGCAAUUGCCACCAGAACCGGAGCCGAUUAAAGUGGCACCCGUCAAUACAAAUGACAAGGCCAAAAUGGAACUAAUGACGCGUAAUUGUGCCGAAUUGAAGCAAACUUUGGCCAAUUUGCAGAAUCAAAUGAAACUGCUAACCACCAGUGAGGGCAAAUCGGUGGCAAGUGAGGAGCAACAACAAAAUUCUCAUCAACAAAAUAAGCAGGCAAAUAACACAAAUAAUAAGAAAAACCAGAAGAAAAAGGAUAAGAAAUCGAAGGCUAAAGCCAAAGCAAAUGCCGCCGCUGCCAAUGCCGAGCCCACUGAGCCUGAACAAGAGACUGAACCAAAUCAACAGGAUAAAGUUGUGGAGGAGCAGCAAUUGGAAGAACAGUCAAAUGCUGAGUUACAGCACGCGGCUGGAGAUGGCAUUAACAUCGCCAGCUCUAAGGAUGCUCAACAGCAAACGACAACAACUACCGCCGAAAAAGUGCCAACAACCGAUGACUUGGAAUCUGAUGGAUCUAAUGACGAUGGCUGCUCUACCCCCACGAACGAAACCAUCGAUGCCGUCGAUAUAUCCGAAGUGCCUGCUCUAAUUGAUGCUGCUGCUGAUUAGAGACUAAAUCUAGACUCUAUAGACUGUCUAGACUAUUUGUUUAGAACCUCCCGCCCUCGUGUACGUUGAGCAUUUUGUCAUUAUCCAUUUUUCAGGAAUCAAAUCAUUAAACAUGAAGAGUUUUUUUGUACUAGUUAUUUAUUUUAAUUCAUAUAUAUAUAUGUAUAAUGUAUUUAUUAACAAAACCAAUUGUCGGAUUCAGUCAAACAAAAUUGCCUAAAUGAAACAUUUAUUAAAGAAAAUUAUAAUGUCAAA